CACUAAUUGCUUGUUUCUCCAAUGGCCGAUCAGUACGACGUGCAAGCUGAGGGUAAGAAGAAACCAGCUCAUGGUUUCACGACCCCGCAGGAUGUGGACCUCAUCAAGGAGGUUAUGUCUAUAUGCCCGCAUGAUGCGCCCUACGGACAAACAAGUGCUCGAUGGGCAGAAGUAGGUGAACACAUGCGCACCAUUCACGUCGAUAGUCUCAGUGCUACGGGCUGCAGAAAGCGUUGCGACGACCUACUCGUAGCCUUCCAGAAGGCCAUGUUGGCAUCAUUGCGUGCAUCUGGAACGGAUGAGGAAUAUGAUGAGCGAGAACAAUUGCUACAAGAUCUCUCGGACAUGAUCGACAUGAUCUCCAACAAGAAGAAAGCCACCAAGGAAGACAAGUGCAAGAAAAUGGACAAGCGUGAGUCAGACGGUCACACCGUGCGUUCAGCCGCCCUCACGGGGAUGAAGCGCAAGUCGUUGGGGGAUGAAGGAGACGACAACGAUUCUGACGAAGCAAAGAAGACGAUGAUGAAGAAGGAAAGACGCAGCUCUGCCAUCAUGAAGGAGUCAGUCAACGCCGUCAUGAGCUUCACUUCAAUUAUGGAAAAUACCAACAAGUUCAAGAUCGAUGAGCUCGCAUUCCAGAAGGAGUCCAACGCAAUCGCCAUGCGCAAGCUUGAACUCGACGAGAAGCGCUACCUCCUUGACAAGGCCGAGCGAGAAGCACGGUUUGCUCUUGAACAACAGGAACGCCAAGGACAAAUGGAUUUCAUGAGGGGACUCUUGAAAUGAUGCGUUCUAUAACUAAAAAAAUGUAAUUCAUUUUGCAUUUACUGCAUACAAAC